AUGGUGAUGCCGAUCUCAAGCGGCGGCGACCACGCCGCGGAGACCGAGAGCACCGAGUCGCUCCUCCCCAAGAACCAGCAGCGCGGGGGCGGGGGCGGCGACGGGGACGAAGGCGGUGGCGACGACUUCCACGGCGCGUCCUUCGCCGGCGCGGUGUUCAACCUGUCCACCACCAUCGUCGGCGCGGGCAUCAUGGCGCUCCCGGCCACCAUGAAGGUGCUCGGCCUCGCCCCGGGCCUCGUCCUCAUCGUGCUCGCCGCGGUGCUCACGGACGCCUCCAUCGAACUCCUCGUGCGCUACAGCCGCGCCGCGGGCGCCAAGUCCUACGGCAGGGCCAUGGGCGACGCCUUCGGGGCCUUCGGCAGGGGCUUCCUCCAGCUUUGCGUCGUCGUCAACAACGUCGGCGUCAUGGUCGUCUACAUGAUCAUCAUCGGUGACGUGCUCUCUGGAACCUCCUCCCACGGCGUGCACCACCAUGGCGUGAUAGAAGGAUGGUUCGGCCCAAACCGGUGGAACGGGCGCUUCGCCAUCCUCACGAUCACCACCUUCGGCGUGUUCGCUCCGCUGGCAUCUUUCAAGCGCGUCGACUCGCUGAGAUUCACGUCUGCUGUAUCGGUCGCUCUGGCCGUUGUGUUCGUCGUGAUCACCGCCGGGAUCGCCAUCUUCAAGCUGGCGAGAGGGCAGAUUCCGAUGCCUCAGCUGUUCCCCGAUGUCCAUGACUGGCCGUCCGUCUGGAGGCUCUUCACAGCGGCUCCAGUUCUUGUCACCGCUUAUAUUUGCCACUACAACGUUCACCCAAUUUACAACGAGCUCAGGGAUUCUCUGCAGAUCAGGCCCAUAGUGCGCACGUCGCUGCUGCUGUGCUCGGCCGUGUACAUCACCACCAGCUUCUUCGGCUUCCUCCUCUUCGGCGACGCGACGCUCGACGACGUCCUGGCCAACUUCGACGCCAACCUCGGCAUCCCCUACAGCUCCUUCUUCAACGACGCCGUCAGGGUGAGCUACGUGCUCCACCUCAUGCUCGUCUUCCCCAUCGUGUUCCACGCGCUGCGGCUCAACAUGGACGGCCUCCUGUUCCCGUCGGCGCGGCCGCUGUCCUGCGACAACCGGAGGUUCGCCGUGCUCACAGCGGCGCUCCUCGCCGUGAUCUUCCUCGCCGCCAACUUCAUCCCCAACAUCUGGGACGCCUUCCAGUUCACCGGAGCCACCGCUUCUGUCUGCGUUGCCUACAUCUUUCCCGCGGCGAUCACGUUAAGGGAUCGUCAUGGCAUAGCAAGGAAGAGAGACAAGCUCCUGGCAGUGUUCAUGAUUGUUCUUGCUGUGGUGGCAAACGCAGUGGCCGUGUACAGCGACGCUUGCUCAUGA